AUGAAUUCAUCAACACCAACCAGUGGACGGGCACCUAUGCAUUUUGCAGUCCCACCUACAACCGGGUCUUAUGAUUCCUCUGGUGCUCCAAGUCCACCAGCAACUCAAGCAACCACUUUGGAAGCCUUGCAUCUUGCAGCAAGACAAUACAACAACAACAGAGUUACUAGAAGUCACGUUAGAAAUCCAGAACGUCCCUUUCGGUACUCUGCUACUGGAAGAAUGUCUGCAAUAAUGACUCCUACGCGGUCUGUGCACACGAGAUCAGAAGCCCAAGUGAAUGCUGUUACCUCUUCGGAUGCCUCAUCCGAUGCCUCCUCCAUUGAAACAACACCAGCACCAGAGGUAGUGCAAAGCCGAAGCAAGAAGCGCCGAGCUCCGGAAUCACCUUCAGCAGCAGCAUCACAGCCCACGAAGACUGCUCCCAGAAAGCGAGCUCGCGCUAAAGCAAGCAAUUUGAAGCAACCCCCACCCAAAGCCAGCCCAGGGGAAUCAUCCAAUGAUUCUUCUCCAGAGCCUGCAGAGGUCAACUGUUGCAUUUGCAUGUGCGAUGCGGAACCAAGCAACUUGGCUAGUAUCAAUGGAUGUGAGCAUCAAUUCUGUUUUGGCUGCAUUGAAAAGUGGGCAGAACGGGAGAACACUUGUCCUUUGUGCAAGGUUCGAUUCAGCAAAAUCGAUCGCAAAAACAAGAAGCGGAAAAAGGGACAAAAGAACACCAAGAAAGUCAAGCAACGGGAUCAACGAUCUGACCUCGUUUCGGGUGCUGCUUUGGAGGGUUUGUUAGCCAAUUUUGCUUCAACCCAGCCACCAAACCUCGCUCGAUUUUUCUUGUCUAGUGUCGGAAGCCUUGGAAGCAUUGAUUUCCAUUCCCGCUCAUUCCGGUCGAUUACGAUUGCUCGAGGAGGAGGCAGCGGUGAUAACUCGGAUGAUGAUGAUAAUCCUAUUGCAAGUCUAUUCCGCGUCUACACAAACACUCUACCACCUCCCCUUAUGCCAAUGAUGCAACCAAUGUCAUUUGCAUCACGAUUCGGUGCAAGCCGAUCCUAUGCCAGCAAUAGUCAUGAUCGAACUGCUGGAAGAGGAGUUGAAAAUCCUCUGACGAUUGAUGACAGUGACAGUGACGAUGAUAUUGUCGUCUUGUCCUCUCGUCGUGGGGCGUUGUAA